AUGCUGUCUCUAGGAUUGAAAUUUACACCAUGUGAUAUUGGCGAAACGGAACAUCAAGGUUCAAUAGUAUUUUACUCAGAGAAAUUAACAGAAUGGUGUUUCACGUUAUGCGGUAAAGGACUGAUGCCUCAACCGAAAGAUCCAAUCAAUGUAUCAGUUCUGAUCGGUUCAGCGACAACACUAGUAGUACCAAUUACAAAUCCAUUCAAAUAUGACGUUUUGUUAGACGUACACUUAAGUGAAUCUACUCUCUGUGGUUUAUUCAAACAGUUAGAGGAUACACAUAAUGCUAUUCUUAAAAAGAAAUUCAACAAUGUCCCACCUAAUAGUAAUGAUGAUAGUAAGGAAAAUAUCAAUGGAAAUUUAGUUGAAACAAAUGAAUGUAACUGUGAUGAUGAUGGUGUUGAUAAAUCCCUUAUGAAGCCUGUUUCUAAACCGAUCAACGGAAAUGUCUAUUCAGCUUUCCAACUUUUAGUGAAACAACAAAAAAAUAUACUUUUAACAAGCAAAACAGUAUUUGAAAUACCGAUAUCAUUUGCUCCACUUGAAAUGCGAGAACAUGAAGCCCUAUGCACAGUCAGAAUGUAUAAAGCAAACUCUGCUGCACAUGAUACAAGUAAAACUGCCACUUCGAUUUCGCCUAUCCGAUGGUUAAUUCCAAUAAAAGGUAUUCCUGAAAUGAAAUCACUUACUUAUCCAUCAACAGAUAUGAAUGAAUUCAUUUCACCAUAUAGUUAUAAUUAUAAGAACUCAUUUACAAAACCACUUGUUAUCACUGGAACUGUACGCUCAAAGUCAUAUUUUAUAAUAACCUUAAGAUUAUUGAAUUCAUUAACACAAACGUUGGAUCCAAGUUUAUCAUUUCGUGAUCAGCUGAAAGAUAUUGAAGUUUAUUCUGUUACUUCACAAGAAGAAAUAGUUAAGCUUAAUGAACAAAUGUUUAGUCAAACAACAGCGACAAUGAUAACCGACGAUCCACUAUCCAAUCAGUCAACAACUUUAUGGGAUCAAAUUCAAGUGGGUAGUUUAGAAUGGACAAUGAAGCCAAUUGUAAAGAAAGUAGAUGAAUAUUUAGCUCAAUUAGUUGAAUUAGACAAAGUUUUAAUGAGAUCAUUAAAUAUAAAAUUAAUUGGUGUCAAAAAACAUGAUGAUUCAGAAAUGACUGAAAUUAAUCUCGGCAUGAUAUUCUCUCCAGCAAUCUCAUUCAAAUGCAGUGCAGAUUUGAUGGUACGAUCGUGUCUUGGUGCAAUAUGGAGAUUUGGAUUACUAUUUAGAUCGAAUGAUCCCCCAGUAGAUGACAUCAUUUAUUUUCCACACAAUGGAAUCGGGCGUUCAGUUAAAGUUCAGUUGGCGUUAAGUAGCCAGACCAAUGAGCCAACGAGAUUCAUCGCACGUUUAUAUCCAGAGAAUCAAACCGAAUAUACAGUGGAGCCAAUGCAGGGAGAAUUACCCCCAACGAAAAAUAUUAAGAACACGAGCACUGGAAACGACUCAGCACUGACGAUAACCUUCAAACCCAAUUCCUACGGGAAACCAAUCAAAGCUAGGCUACUGAUACAGGUGAGACAAUAA